CAGCCUUGCAGAGUCCCCGGAAGUGGAGACGUGAGAGGCCGGGCUGAGCCGGCUCGGGGUAGCGGGACUCUCGACGCUGGGUUGCUGCUCCUGGGCUGGUCAUGAACGGGCCGGCGGAUGGCGAAGUGGACUACAAAAAGAAAUACCGGAAUCUGAAGCGGAAGCUCAAGUUUCUCAUCUACGAACACGAGUGUUUCCAGGAGGAGCUGAGGAAGGCGCAGAGGAAAUUGCUGAAGGUGUCCCGGGACAAGAGUUUCCUCCUAGACCGGCUUCUGCAGUAUGAGAACGUGGAUGAAGACUCUUCUGACUCAGAUGCCACAGCAUCUUCAGAUAACAGCGAGACAGAGGGGACACCCAAGUUGUCGGACACUCCGGCCCCCAAGAGGAAGAGAAGCCCUCCGCUAGGGGGUGCCCCCUCCCCCUCCAGCCUCUCCUUGCCUCCUUCAACAGGGUUUCCCCUUCAGGCCUCCGGGACCCCCUCCCCAUACCUGAGCUCGCUGGCUUCCCCCCCUUACCCCCCAUUCCCUUCUGACUACCUGGCCCUGCAGCUGCCCGAGCCCAGCCCCCUGAGGCCCAAGCGGGAGAAACGGCCCCGCCUGCCCCGGAAACUCAAGAUGGCGGUGGGACCCCCCGACUGCCCUGUGGGAGGGCCGCUGACCUUCCCUGGCCGGGGUUCUGGGGCUGGGGUCGGGGCAGCUCUGACCCCCUUGCCACCUCCCAAGAUGCCCCCCCACACGAUCCUGAGCACCGUCCCUCAGCAGAUGUUCAGCGAUGCAGGCAGCGGGGAUGAUGCCCUGGACGGGGAUGAUGACCUGGUGAUCGAUAUCCCGGAGUGAAAGCCCACUGCUGUCUGCGACCCUGCCCAGCACCCCUCCCCAUGCUUACACACGUGAGCCCCAGCUUCCUCAGAGAUGUUUAUUGACGCCCAGUUACCAUGCUUCGGCCACUGACACAAUCAGAAAAGGCGUAAACAUGCACAAAUGUCCCCAGGAAGGUGGCAGGGGCCGGCCCUCACAUCCUGGCCCCAUCCAGGGGACAGUUAUUUAAAUGAGUGGCCAGGAGUAUCUGCCACCUCUUGGGGAGGCAGAGACCCUGCGGUGGCCACCCCUUUAAAAGGGCAGCUGUAUAGGGCUAGGAUUUCUUUUAAUGAAGAUUCUGUAUUAAAGGAGUGGCUCUUU